CUUUUAGAGAUACAACAGUCGUAUAAAUGAAUUAAUAAACAGCAUGUUCGCGUAAUAUAUUAACCCGUUAAUCGCAAAAUAAUUCGUAUAACGUAGACAGAACAUUUCCUCGUUAGGAAGAGAGUUUGUUUUUUUUAAUCUGACGUCAUACUUGUGCGACGCCGCUGAGUCUGAACACAUGUACACUGCGUGAGAGAGAAUGUGCUUAGUUGAAGUUGUGAUAUUGUAAAUAACUUAAAAAAUAAAUACAUUAGUCAAAUAAAAAGGUGUGGGCAUGGCAGCCAACACAUUACGGUUUAAAACAAAUUAUACCGUCUCCAGCAAAAUCGAACCGUUCUACAAGGGAGGGAAAGUGCAGAUAAGCCAUGAUGAAAAGCAUCUCUUUUGCACCUCUGGGCCACGAAUCAACAUUUUGCAGAUUUCCACAGGCAAAAUUGUUCACAGUAUUGAGCAGGAUGAUCAGGAGGACAUCACCUCGUUCUCUCUCAGCCCUGACGAUGAGAUGCUGGUUACUGCUAGCAGGGCCUUGCUACUGAAACAGUGGGACUGGAAGCAAGAAAAGUGCACUCGGUCAUGGAGGGCGAUUCACAAUGUGCCUGUGGCCAGCAUGACGUUCGACUGCACUUCUACUCUUUUGGCAACUGGGGGUUGUGAUGGCACAAUAAAGCUGUGGGAUGUAGUCAAACAGUACUGCACACACAAUCUGAAAGGCUCCUCUGGUGUUGUUCAUUUGGUGCAGUUCCAUCCAGACAUCAGUCUGCUGCAGCUCUUCUCUUCUUCUAUGGAGUGUGGAAUCCGUAUUUGGGACCUGAGCACCAGCAAGUGCAUCUGCAUUCUGGAGAGCCACUUCAGCAGAGUCACAUCGCUGGCCUUUUCUCCCGACGGCCACACACUGAUCAGCUCUGGCCGAGACAAAAUCUGCACAGUGUGGGACCUGAACGAGAGGAAAGUAAAGAGAACCGUCCCUGUGUAUGAGGCUGUAGAAGGAGUCGUCAUUCUGCCAGAAAACGAGGAUUACUCUGAGCUUGGUGUGAAAAGUAAAGAGCUACACUUUGUCACCGCAGGCAGUAAAGGUGUGCUGAGGGUUUGGGAGUCGAGCUCGGCACGGUGUGUGUUCACACAGACGCUCCCAAACGGUGCAGCGUUCCAGACAGCGCAGGAAGACGGAGAUCCUCUUAGCUUGCUCUACUGUCUGUUCCUUCCUCUUUGCAACCGCUUGGCUACAGUCACCGCCGAGCACAACAUCCUGUUCUACCAGCUGCCCUCCCUCACCGUGCAGCACCAGUUUGUGGGCUAUAAUGAUGACAUCCUGGAUGUGAGGUUCCUGGGAAAAGAGGACAGUCACAUAGUUGUGGCCACAAACAGCUCGCAGCUCAAGGUGUUUGAGCUGGCCACCAACAGCUGCCAGAUUCUCUAUGGACAUACAGACACUGUUCUCUCACUGGAUGUGUUUAGAAAACGUUGCAUGUUUGCAAGCUGUGCCAAGGAUAAUUCAGUGCGUGUGUGGAAGAUGGACCCUGCUACUGGUCAUGUACAGUGUGUGGCUCAGGGUCAGGGCCACUCCAACGCUGUGGGCUCCAUUUCCUGCUCCAGGUUAAAGAAGGCCUUCCUGGUGUCUGGGAGUCAGGACUGUACUAUUAAAAUAUGGGUUCUGCCUGAUCAUCUUCCUGGUCCGGGCAACGAGCCAGCCCAGCUUACUGCUCACAUCACUGACAAGGCCCAUGAUAAAGAUAUAAACAGCGUGGCCGUCUCGCCCAACGAUAAGCUGCUAGCUUCGGGCUCUCAGGACCGCACGGCCAAGCUGUGGUCUCUGACCGACAUGAGCCAACUCGGGGUGUUCCGGGGUCAUCGACGAGGCAUCUGGUGUGUGCAGUUUUCCCCCGUGGACCAAGUGUUGGCCAGUGCCUCAGCCGACGGUGCAAUCAAGCUCUGGGGGCUUCAUGACUUUAGUUGCCUCAAGACGUUUGAAGGACACGAUGCCUCUGUGUUGAAGAUAAUAUUUGUCAGCCGAGGCACUCAGAUAGUCUCUGGUGGUUCUGAUGGUCUUGUGAAGCUCUGGACCAUUAAGACCAAUGAGUGUGUGAAGACGUUUGAUGCACACCAGGACAAAGUGUGGGCUCUGCACGGCAACAGCAGCGAUGACCUGAUAGUGACCGGAUCUGCUGACUCCAAUAUCACAGUGUGGAAGGAUGUCACAGAGGAGGAGCUGGCUGAGGAGCAGGCGAAGCAAGAAGAUCAGAUCCUGAAGCAGCAGGAGUUGUCCAAUCUGCUUCAUGAGAAGAACUUUUUGAAGGCUCUGGGUAUAGCCAUCUCACUGGAUCAGCCUCAUACCGUGCUUCGAGUCAUCAAAGAAAUCCAGCAAGAGGAAGAGGCUGGACAGCAUCUGGAGAAAACCAUCCUUAGGCUACGUCAGGACCAGAAGGAGUCUCUGCUGCGAUACUGCGUGGUGUGGAACACAAAUGCACGGAGCUGUCUGAGCGCCCAGGCGGUGUUACAGGUGCUGCUGACACACCUGAGCCCGGACGAGCUGCUGCAGUUCCAGGCAGCACGCAGUCACCUAGAGGGCCUCAUCCCUUACACUGAGAGACACAUGCAGAGGAUCGGCCGUCUGCUUCAGGCCUCCAUGUUCUUGGAUUACAUGUGGCAGAAGAUGCGAGUGACGGGAAGCAAAGACAGUGUUGAACUACAGGAAGAAGAGAUGGACACCAGUCUUCAGGACAUAUUUACAGUAGACAAGCAGCCUGGGCAGAAACCAAGACAGCAGGAGAGCGCUGACGAAAGUGAUGAUAUGGGGGAAGCAGACAGCAGUGAAAACUCUGAGAACAGCGACAAUGACAGCGUCAGUGCCUUGAAAGGACUCCGCACCAAAGAAAGGGGGGGUAAUGGGGUGAAAAACAGCGGUCAUGUAAACAGUGAUGAGAGCUCAGGCGAUGACGACGAUGUUAACGAUGUGGACAUUUUCACUGUUGCGACUGCCAAGGCUGCAGUGGCCAGUGCAUCUAUUCUGACCAACGCAAGCUGAUCACAAUGAUAUAAAAAUAUCUGUCUCUGAGUACAGUACUGAAUGGUGUGGCAAUGUUGAAUGAGAGCAAGCAGGAACCAGGUCUCUCAGUCAAAGCUCAUUUAAUUGUAUGUACUUCUAUAAAGGACAUGCUUUUCCUUUUUAUAUCAUCUUCCCAAAAGAAAAAAAUACCUUGUGUUCUUUGUCAUAGUCAUUGAGGAUUUUAAAUAAAUUUACAUGUUUGAGAA